AAAACAUAAAGAAGCAUGUCUGGUCUUAUACGUUGGGGCAUAGCCGCGGCUGGAAAAAUCAGCGAAGAUUUUGUUAUUGCACUUGGAACACUGCCAGCGGAAGAACAUAAAGUUGUAGCUAUCGCGGCUCGAUCCAAAGAUCGUGCAGCAGAGUUUGCAAAGAAACAUGAGAUCCCCGAUUUUUAUGGCAGUUAUGAGGAAUUGGCAAAGAGUACCAACGUUGAUGUUGUCUAUAUUGGCGUACUUAAUCCCCAGCACUAUGAGGUUUCAAUCCAAAUGCUAAAUAAUGGAAAGCAUGUGCUCUGUGAAAAGCCACUGGCCAUGAAUAAGAAUCAGGUGGAAGGCAUUCUGGCAGCGGCAAAAGCCAACAAGCGCUUCUUUAUGGAGGCCGUGUGGUCUCGUUUUUUACCCGCCUAUCAGUAUCUUCGCCAGCUAAUUCAGGACUCCAAGCUCGGCGAAGUGAAGGAAGUGGAAGUUAACUUUGGAUUUCCAAUGCCAGCUGUAGAGCGCCUACAAAAACGUGACUUAGGGGGCGGCGUUAUUUAUGAUUUGGGUAUCUAUACCAUUCAAGUUUCUCAGUGGGCCUUCCAAAAUGAUCGAAUUGAGAAGAUCGAAAGCUCUGGCGAAACAAAUUCUGAAGGUGUCGAUGACGACGUCCGUGCUACUAUUAAAUAUAGCAGUGGAGGCGUGGCUCGAAUGCGCAUUUCUUCAAAAGAAGAGCUAAAUAACCUUGCCAUCAUCAAGGGCACGAAAGGUCAGGUUACGUUGGUAGAUUUCUGGACCCCAAACAAACUAAUUGACAUAGAUGGAAAGGAAAAGGUGUGGACACCGCCGAAAGGAAAACUUCCAACCAAUUAUAAAAAUUCCGAGGCCAUGCGAUAUGAAGCUGAGGCUGUUCGACAAUCCAUACUUGCAGGCGAAGUCGAAAACAGUACUGUUAGUUAUGAAGAUAGUUUGGUUUUUUCGGAAAUUGAGGACACGAUCCGGAAGCAAAUUGGUGUGACUAAUAAAUACGAUUGAAUAGAAUUCAUCGUACCAUAAAUACAAACGUAUUUACUAUAUAUGUAUGUAUAUGUCUACGAUAUAUGUGCAAUAAAAACAAGAAUGCACAUUUU